AACCGAGGAAUAACCGCGCAGCUUGGACUUUACUAUAUCGUAUCUGCAUGGAAGCGAAUGGUUUCGUGUCCAGGCGGGUGGACACACCAAGCGUCGAUGCCGGGGUUGCUGCUGGAGCUGCAGGGGCAGACAUUCGAUGGCUCGGCGGGAGGAUUUUGGAUGCUACGGAGGGGUUUGUUGGUGGUCUGUCACCGCCUCGGAUAACAGCGGAACCGGACUUUACUGCGGUGUUGCAACUUCGAGCAGCCCCAGAGCCCACGGUGGCUGCUACGGAGACCGAAAUAGACUACGAGGGGCUCCCCCAGGGUGUAGCCACCAGUACACACAUGUUAGCCGGCGCCGUGGCUGGCAUCAUGGAACACUGCCUAAUGUAUCCCAUCGACUGUGUUAAGACGCGGAUGCAGAGCCUGCAGCCCGAGCCGGGGGCGCGUUACCGUAACGUGAUGGACGCCCUACGCCAGAUCGUGCGUACCGAGGGGGUGUGGCGACCUGUGAGGGGGCUGAACGUCAUGGCGAUAGGGGCGGGGCCAGCCCAUGCUCUGUACUUUGCCUGUUAUGAGAAACUCAAGUUCUCACUCAGCAACGUGGUCCACCCGGGAGCUAACAGCCACUUUGCUAAUGGAAUGGCAGGCUGCAUGGCCACUGUACUCCAUGAUGCAAUCAUGAACCCAGCAGAAGUGGUGAAGCAGCGUAUGCAGAUGUACAACUCCCCGUACCGAGGCGUGUCUGACUGCGUGGGCUCCAUCUGGAGGCGUGAGGGCCCCGGGGCCUUCUACCGCUCCUACACCACCCAGCUGACCAUGAACGUCCCCUUCCAGGCUCUCCACUUCAUGACCUACGAGUACCUCCAGGAGCUGCUCAACCCCCACAGACAGUACAACCCCUCCUCUCACGUCAUCUCCGGGGCGCUUGCCGGGGCCAUUGCUGCCGCCGCCACCACCCCGCUUGAUGUCUGUAAGACCCUCCUCAACACCCAGGAGGCCCUAGCGGUCCAUGCUGAGGUCCCUGGAGCGCUGGGGGUUGGAGCAAGUGUAGGGACGGCGUCUGCCACUGGGGGGCGCCACAUCUCGGGGUUAUGGGAGGCGUUCCGGACUGUGUACAGGAUGGGGGGUGGGUCGGCGUUCUUUAAGGGCGUCCAGGCCAGGAUCAUCUAUCAGAUGCCCUCCACCGCCAUCAGCUGGUCCGUCUACGAGUUCUUCAAAUACGUCAUCACCAAGCGCCAGUACGAGAGAAGGCUGCACCACCGAGACGGAGAGAAGUAGAGAGGGAGGGAAGACCUUCAUUCAAAAUGUCCCCAAGGAACCCACCCCAUAGAUAUGUACUAGAGGGCUCAGCUCCUAUCUUUGGGCCAAGUUCCCCCUCUAUCUAACUCUAUAACCACCCCACAGUAACCCCACCUCUAACCAUUUGACCUCUGACCUUCUAAACUAACCAGGAAAUAAAAGCCCCCCCCCUAGUAUUUUUGACUAGAAGAGAUACAGCUUUUGUCCACAUUCACCUUACACAGCAGGUUUAGAACUUACUCAGCAGGUUAGGAGAAUUAGGUUAAGGUUAGCAAAAGUGAAGUUUUUGUUUUUUGUUGCCAAAAGCUGUGUCCCAUCUACACCUGACCUCCUCUUAUCCUCUCACAUAAGAGAACAAGUCCCCAUCUUUCACAUAGUUUAUUAUAGACAUACUGUACAUGGCACUUUAAUUCAAAUAUACACUCACUGGCCAGUUUAUUUGGUACACCCAUCUAGUACCGGGUCGGACUCCCUUUGCCUCCAGAACAGACUGAAUUCUUUGGGGCAUGGAUUCUACAAGGUGUCGGAAAAGUUAUUUUCUCAAUUGGUAUCUAGGGACCUAAGGUGUGCCAGGAAACAUUCCCCACACCAGUACACCACCGCCACCAGCCUGUACCGGUGACACCAGGCAGGAUGAGUCCAUGGACUCAUGCUGCAUACGCCAAAUUCUGACUCUGCCAUCAGCUUGACGCAACAGGAACCGGGAUUUGUCAGACCAGGCGAUGUUGUUCCAUUCCUAAAUUGUCCAGUGUUGGUGAUCUUGUGCCCGCUGGAGCUGCUUCCUGUUGUUUUUAGCUAGGAGUGGAACCCGGUGUGGUCGUCUGCUGCAAUAGCCCAUCAGUGACAAGGACCGACAAGUUGUGUGUUCUGAGAUGAUGUUCUGCACACCACUGUUGUACUGCUCCGUUAUGUGUCUGUUUGAGGCUUGCAUGUUAUCUUGCACCAUUCUUGCCCCUCUCCUUUGACCUCUCUCAUCAACAAGCUGUUUUCGCCCACGGGACUGCCACUGACUGGACGUGUUUUGUUUGUCGCGCCAUUCUCAGUAAACCCUAGACUGUCUUGUGUGAAAAGCCAGACGUUUCUGAGAUACUGGAUCUGGCCUACCUGGCACCAACAAUCAUACCACGCUCAACGUCGCUUAGGUCACUCGUUUUGCCCAUUCUAGCUUUCAAUGGAACAGUAACUGAAUGCCUGUCUGCCUGCUUUAAAUAGCAAGCCACAGCCACGCUACUCACUGUCUGUAGGAGCGAUCCAUUUUGGUGAAUGAGGUGAUGUACCUAAUAAACUGUCCAGUUACUGUAUAUAUUAGAAUUAUAUUUCUGCAUUUCCCUACUAUAACCACUAGGGGGCUUUGAGUCUCGACCUCCCUCCUCCAUUGACUUUAAUGGACAGAUCUAAAAGAGUCCCAAUAAUAUCUACUUUCUCCUGCAAAUGUGCACUCGUUCACUACUUCCCACUAAUCUAAUAGUAUUAGGUUGGUGGAGGAAUGGGCUAGUUUCCACCAUAUUUAUUAUACCAGUCAUUACCUUUCAAACCAGUGAAGGGAAGUGAACAAGGGCACACUUUGGGAGGAAGGUGAGGUCAUGGGGACUUGGACCAAGUGAAGACCUCUGUAUUGGAUGAUGACUGCAGUCAGUGGAUUUAGCAUUAAGGAUAUAUCUAUAGUCACGACUACCACUCGUCUAGCAUUCUGAAAUGGGAAUUAAAUUCACCAGAAAUUGUUUCAUGCAACGCUAUUUAAAACAAUAACUGCCUUUUCCAUCUUUGAGAUAGUGACUGGGCUUGUGUUAAUGUGUUUCUCCGCCUGUAUGUAGACAUUGAGGAAUAUGAGUAUUUUGACUUGAAAUGUUCAACUUAACCCAUUGGAGUUGAUCAAGACAGUGGUGUUGACUGUGUGUGGAUGUGACUGACUGAAUGAGGAAGAGAGAAAUAAAUCAAAUAGGAGUGCAAAGCGCUAGAUCACUGAGUGCAAAGCGCUAGAUCACUGAGUGCAAAGCGCUAGAUCACUGAGUGCAAAGCGCUAGAUCACUGAGUGCAAAGCGCUAGAUCACUGAGUGCAAAGCGCUAGAUCACUGAGUGCAAAGCGCUAGAUCACUGAGUGCAAAGCGCUAGAUCACUGAGUGCAAAGCGCUAGGACACCAUAUAGAGAAUAAUGUGCCAUUUGGGACAGCACCUCUGAGGAUGGUAGGAGGGUGUGCUACACCUCUAGUCUACCAGACUGUUGAGAUUUAUGGGCUUUGUUUCAGAUGGCACCCUAUUCCCCUUUUAUAGUGCACUACUUUUGGCCAGGACCCACAGGGAGCAGAAGGCCUUUCCCUUGAGAGUGCGUGUAGUGUCCCAAAUGGCAUCUUGGCCCCUAUAUAGUGUACUACUUUUGAUCACGGCUCAUAUGGAUCUGGUCAAAAGUAGUGCACUAUAUAGGGAAUACGGGGCCAUUUGGGACGGAACCUUCUGACCACGCACCACUUUCUAGCACUUAUAGUCAUUUACAAGUUAUGUGUGGUGACUAAUCCUUCAAAUAGUAACUUACAUACAUGUAGUUACUUAUCCUAUGGUAACUAAUCAUUUACAUAGUAACUCAUACAUGUAGUUACUUAUCCUAUGGUAACUAAUCAUUUAAAUAGUAACUUAUACACGUGGUUACUUAUCCUAUGGUAACUAAUCAUUUAAAUAGUAACUUAUACACAUGUGGUUACUUAUCCUAUGGUAACUUUUAGAAACAUUUACUACGUACACACGGCCUUCGAAUCAGCCGCCAUGAGUCAAACGCACAAAUACAAAGUCCUGCUGGACCUGAACCUUCAUUUCUGAAGCCAUGUUAUCACAGAGAAGAACACGUGUGAGUAGGACUACUCUUAUCCUAGAUCAACUCAUUCUAUCUGUAAGGGAGUAGAGUUUCAGCCAAGUGUUCUGGAACCGACCAGAUAAAUGAAGAUUUAAUAUAUAGGUUCCUUCAUUAAUAUGGUUGAAAAAUUCUGGGAACUUUUCAAAAUUCUCAGUUUAUCCAGGAAUGUUCCUGUAAUCAUUAGGGGGGAAAGCAGGGCAUCCUGAAUCCCCAACAAUGACCUGUUGGAAAACCUGGCAUUUUGGGGAAGUUAGGGCAAUUUUGGAUCCUUGUAAUAGAUUACUUGGCAGGAUAUCCCCCUCAUAUAGACUAACCAACUGCCACCCAGAACGGCACCCGGUAGAACCUAUAGGUAGAAACUGCCACCCAGAACGGCACCCUGUAGAACCUAUAGGUAGAAACAACAUACUGAAUACACAAGUAGCGAACAACGUUUUGAAUAUGUUAACAGUUAACUUAAAGGGGAAGUUCACUAUUUUACAACUUUGUCAGAUGGUUUCUCAUCCUGAAAGUAGUCUAUGGGCCAGAAGAAACGUAUUAAUGCUUCAGGGCUUUUUAAACAACCGCUACAAACGUCAGCCAACUUUAGCCACCGCUAGCUCCUAAAAUACUGAACUUCCCCUUUAAAGGAGUUGCUGAGAGAAAAGAGAACUGAAUGUAGGAGUGUUUCCUGCCGUAUGCCAUGUUUGCGAGUGGAAACCAAAGACUGAAAGAACGGGGGAUGGGUGAAUUUGAUGUGAUGAAAAUUAGGAAAAGCUAGAGAAGAGGAUUGAUCUGUAUUGAAAGAGAAACUUCUUCCUGUAUUACUUUGUGAAUUGUAAAUAAAUAGUGGCUAACGGGCAGCGCCUCGCAGAAGCAGGGUCUUCUCUUGGGACUGCUGCCCCCACGUGCUGGAGAGAAAUGAUCCAUUA